UGUGGUCAGUAUAUAAGGAGCGGAGGCCGGGGCUUCUUUUGGUUUUGGUCGUUAGCAUCGUCCACGCGCGUCGCCCCGCCCCGCCCCGCCGCGCAGAUUUGGCAUUCUACACUGAGGUCGCCAUGAACAUUUUUCAAAUCCUGAUGAAAAAGAAGGAACUUAUUCCUUUGGUGGUGAUCAUGACGGUGGCCGCGAGUGGAGCAACGUCUUUUGCUGCGUAUUCCCUUAAGAAGUCCGAUGUGAUCAUUGAUCGAAAAAAUAAUCCAGAACCUUGGGAAACUGUGGAUCCUAAUAAACCUCAAAAGCUUAUAACAAUCAACCAACAAUGGAAGUCCGUUGAGGAGUUGCAGAAGGUCCGAAGGGCAACCAAGUGACCAGUCCUCGCCACUUUCUUCUGAGGAGUGCUCUAUGGAUCUAGUACUUCCUGCACAAACUGCCAGUAGAUGAGGGACACCAGUAUGUGGAAAUGCUUCUGCUACAUUUUUAGGGCUUGCCUACACUUUAGAGGUUGCCUACAUUUUUGGAUUCUGGAUAAAGAAUUAUAGAGGUAGUGCAGCAAUAACCACAUAAUCUAAAAAUAAGUUUAUUGUUGUACAUUUGAAUUUUGUCUAUUGAAAUUUUUAUGUUUAUGAUGCCUAAAUGUUUUCCUUAAAGUGUAUAAAGAUUUGUAAGUUAAAUUAUCUAUAAUAAAAUGCCAUUUGUGCAAGA